CGCAGCUGUCACUUUGCACGUGGUUUUGUUGUGAAAAUUCCAGCUUUUGCAUUUUCGUGAUUUUCUGCAGGAAAACACCGCAGGAAUGGAUGUUGAUGAACCAAAUCCCAUGGAGGUGGGUGAGGAGGAGUCUGACGAUGAGGUGUCGAGUGAAGAGAGUGAGGAGGGAGAAGUUUAUUUGCCGGGAAAACCUAUUGCGGAAGAAGAGAAUUUAGUUUGCGAUGAGACAGCGUAUGUGAUGCUCCAUCAGGCACACACAGGUGCUCCCUGUCUCAGCUUUGACAUCAUCCCUGAUGAUCUAGGAGAGCGUCGUGAGGAAUUCCCUCUAACUUCCUACCUUGUGGCUGGAACUCAAGCUGCCAGGACGCAUGUAAACAAUGUAAUUAUCAUGAAGAUGAGCAACUUGCACAGAACGAGUACAGAGAAGAAGAAAAAGGAGGAAGAUGAUGAAUCCGAGAGCGAGGAGGAAGAAGAAGAUAUUCCCCCGGAGAAACUUCCACAGAUGCAGUGUGCACUGAUUAAGCAUCAGGGCUGUGUGAAUAGGAUCCGUGUAACACGCCAUAGUAAUUCCAUCCUCGCAGCGUCGUGGAGUGAACUAGGGCAGGUGAAUGUGUGGAACCUCAAUCAGCAGCUAACCUGCGUUAAUGAUCCAGCAUUGUUGAGUAGUUACGAGAAAUCCAGCGAGGGGAAUCGCACAAAGCCCCUGUACACGUUUUCUGGGCAUCAGCAGGAGGGAUUUGCCAUGGAUUGGAGCCCCACAGUUUCCGGGGUGCUGGCCACUGGCGAUUGCCGACGAGACAUUCACUUGUGGCAGCCAGGAGAGGGAGGAACAUGGGCCGUAGAUCAGCGCCCUCUUAUUGGGCACACAGACUCCGUUGAGGAUCUCCAGUGGAGUCCCAAUGAAAGGAGUGUCCUGGCAUCGUGCUCCGUGGACAAGAGUAUUCGCAUUUGGGAUUCACGCGCCUCCCCGGCAAAGGCGUGCAUGCUAACGUGCGAUUCAGCUCACGACAGUGACAUCAACGUCAUCAGCUGGAAUCGCAAUGAGCCCCUAAUUGUGAGCGGAGGAGACGACGGGGUGCUCCAUGUGUGGGAUUUGCGAACUUUCACCACAAAGACACCAAUUGCAACGUUCAAGCACCACACAAACUACAUUUCCACCGUUGAGUGGCAUCCCACGGACUCCAGUGUCCUUGCAUCCGGUGGGGCGGAUAAUCAAAUUGCUCUGUGGGAUCUCUCCGUUGAGAGGGAUGCAGCCGAGGAGGGAGAAACAGUCAAUGAGGAGCUAAAGAAUCUCCCGCCACAGCUUCUCUUCAUCCACCAGGGGCAGACGGAUAUUAAGGAGCUCCACUGGCAUCCACAACUUCCAGGAGUUAUCCUUUCCACAGCCAACAGUGGGUUUAACAUCUUCCGGACGAUAAGUGUCUAAUAAAAAGAUUCUUAAUUUCAAAA